CGCUGCCCAGGAAGGACCCUAGUAUCCGGACGACGACGUUCUUUCAACUAUUAUUUGUGCACAAAUCUAACUACUUCCAAAGAUUUUAAGAAGGGAAAAAAAAAAUCGGAACACACUCCAACGUUGGUGAUUUUUUUCCCCUCUUCUGUAAGAAAGAAAGAGAGAAGGCAGACAUGAAGCGCAGCUUAAGUGAUAGUGAUUCCGAUGAUGGCUUCGAUGAGAGACUUAAGUCUGGGUCUCCAUCCCAGAGUUGCCAGAUCACAGACCGGAAGAAGAGGAGAGGGAUAAUUGAAAAAAGAAGAAGGGACAGAAUCAACACUAGUUUGUCAGAGUUGCGUCGCUUGGUGCCUUCAGCUUUUGAAAAACAGGGCUCAGCCAAACUUGAAAAGGCAGAGAUCCUUCAGAUGACAGUUGAUCAUUUAAAAAUUUUACACCAAAAAGGUAUAAACAACUACAACUUUGAUCCUCAUGCUGUCGCCGUUGAUUAUCGCAGUGUCGGCUUCAGGGAAUGUGCCGCUGAAGUAGCCCGCUACCUGGUCGCUGUUGAGGGCUUGGAUUUACAGGACCCACUACGCCUUCGCCUAUUGGGCCACCUGCAGUGUUACUCUGCCCAGAGAGAGGCCGCGGCCAAGGCGUCGCUGCAAGGAAACUCUUGGGGCGGGAUGAGCUCCAUGAGCGGGAUGGCCAGCCAUGGCAGUUUCACCCCGACGCAGUACGGGAGUUCCACCGUCUCUACGCCCAUGUCUGGCGUGAUCCCCAGCCAGCACCAUCAUCUCGGCCAGACCGAGCACAUGACCCCGAUGUCAACGUCGUCUCACCAAGGCGGCGGUGGAGGCAUUGGCGGAUCCUCUGGAAUCUACUCCACCGGCUCUUCCUUCACGGAGACACAAAGGCACGGACAAUCGGACUCCAUUCUUUCUGGACACAUGCGCCUUUCCAGCAGCUCGGGUGCUACGGCCCCGGUCACGCCUAUGAACCACAACUCAGUCGCCCAAUCACAAAUUUCCCCACCGCUGUUUUCCACCCUCCCAAACCUCCAUUCCCAGUUUCCCGUUUCCGCCUUGAAUAUGAACUCUGUCUCCUCAAUGAUGUCAGCGCAGAACGCAAACUAUCAAAACCAUGGACAGAACCAAGGGCACAACUCAGUCAAGCCUUAUCGCCCUUGGGGAGGAGAACUGGCCUACUGACUAUAUGAUUGACCUAAUCAACAAUAUUUUACUUCAUAAUAAUCAACACGUGGCGGGGAAACACAAAUCAAAACCCUGACACCGACAAUUUUAGAUCACUCCAAGGCCAACUCUCGAGCACGUGUAAUAGGCGCAUCUAUUUUAUACAUGUUUUUCUUUAUCCGAAUAAAAAAGUGUUGGCCUCAUUCUGGUGUAGGCUAAUUUAAAUAUAACGUUCCAUAGUGAUUACUUGUUUUGAUUCACAAAAUGCCAAUGUACAUGGCUAUAUAUCAAAGCGUAAGUUUAGUCUUUGUGAAGUGUUCAACUUAUUAUUGGAUUAACUGAAUGUGGCAACUAGGACAGUAGAAGCACGUCUCAUCAGCUGUCAAUAAGGCGACCAUACGCUGCUACAACAGAUGGUUAGAUGUGAAACCAUAAAGCUACGCAGCUCUUGACACAAAAUCAUCUUUCGCUAGACAAUUUAUUUAAAUGUAAGCGAUCUGGCCAUCUCUCCCCUUCACACAAAGCAGUCAUUGUAUUGCGCCGAUUAUAAUAGAGAACGCUGUCUAAUGUAAAUUUCUACUAGAUAUAAUAUUAAUUGACUUUGGGAUGUGGCGAAAUCUGGCUUUCAUGUUUUAUCAAUUAAAAAAAAGAAUCAACCUUCUGUGGCCGGUCAUGACUUGCCAACCCAGCUACUGUUGUCUUUGUUGAUUGACCUGUUUAAAAGUGUUAGUGUUUCUCAACCGUUUACUAGUAACGCCGCCCCUAAAGACAAUUUUACACUCGCCCACUUAGCCUGCAGGGGGACUAAGCAAUUAUAGUUAUAGAAGUUAUAGAUAAAUACAUAUUUUUUAUUGAAUAUUGUUCGGUUUGUAACCUUGUUAUUAAAAAGGUAAGCUGUAUCAGUGACCACAUGCCUGUGGUGCUAGUACAGACCAUCUUGUAAUGCUAGAUGAUAGGAUUCCAUAUUUUUAAAAGUAAUUUUACUCAGUGAUUUCAUGUUUAGAGUUUAAUUCUUUUUCCAUGUGCAAUACUUGUGAAACUUUAUUUUUCUACAUAUUAUGUGUAUGACAGCCAUCAUUUACAUUUUGUCAUAGCAAACAUUUUUUUUAACCUAAAACUGUAAAAAAAAAAAUUACUUGAUAUGUUACCCUUAAAAGAAAAAGUUUAAAUCAACAAAGAAAACAUCUUAUUGAUGUACAUUGUGCAAUAUUAUGUGGCCUUAUAUUAUCACAUAUACAUACUUAUGCAAUUUUCUUUUAAUUAAUUGACAUGCUUAUGUUUUGUAAUGACAAUAGAAUGUAAGGCAAAAUGUUUCCUGAUGUCAUUGUAACAGAUUUCAAAACUUUUCUUAAUAGCAAGUUUGUGACAAUAUCAAUUAUUCCUAUAAUCUUUAAAAAAAAGUUAUUCAUAUUUGAAAUUUGACCUAUUGACACAUUUUUUUUUCAUGGCUAUUAAAGUUAAUUAAUUAUACAAUGUUAUCAGUUAAAUUAUAUUGUUAAGUGCGAACUAAAUAAUUCAAAAUGAUUUGUUUUUUUAGUCUUGUAAUAACUCAGCCUUAUCUAAGAAUCCUCUUCCACAGUUACACUCUUGCCUUAUCACAACGAACUUUACCAAACUGAAGAUCCUCACUUCCAUAAAAUGCAUUUUGUUUUUUUUGUUUCAUUUUUUUAUACACUAUAUAAAUAUUUUAUUAUUGUUGACAAAACUGUAAAUAAACAUUUAAAAAAAAAAAACCUUUGAAACUUUUGUUAUUUUUCUUUUGCUAUAAUGUUCCAAGAAAAAUUACUUUCCAAAUCCCUGGUGAAGUAAGAUUCCCUUAUUUUUUUCAAACAAUUACUUAGGCUGUUAUAUUAUUAGUACAAUGACCAAUCACCCUUUGUGCAUAAACAAAUGUAAGGUACCACACAAGGGUGUAUCCAGGCAUUUUGAAAAUCCCCCCCCCCCAA